GGUGAAGCCUGCGGCUGGGUUUCGUUCGCAUCUCGUUCUUUGUCGUGGAAGGAACAACAGCGUUUCUAUCGUCGUCCGCUGAAAACCACGCAAUUUUACAAUGCCUGGAACAAAGGAUGAUGUUGCUGUUGAGUCAGAAACAAAAGAGACCACAGAGCCAAUUGUAGCAAAGACAGUCGAAGAUGUGAAAGGCAAAGCUGAUGAGGCUGAUGCUGAAGCAGAAAAACAAACAGAAGAAAACACAAAAAAAAAAGAAGAUUCAGAAGAAAAUACAAAUGAAAAUGCUAACUCAGAAGAGACAGAAUCAAAAACAGAAGAAACAACAGCAGAAAAGCGAUCUGUAGAUGAAAAAGAAAGUGAAGAUGCAGAAGAUGAAAGUCCGAAGAAAAAGGCAAAGACAGACUCAAAUGAAUCAUCGAAUGGCACCACAGAAACAACUGAAUCUGCUUAGUUCUAUUAU